AUGUCCACUCAAGACCCGAGCACACAGGCAACAAGCCUUGUAGAUGGGCUGUCUCCUUCCCACACAUAUGUCCCCAACAGAGGAUAUGUGAACGCUGAAGGCACAGUCCCCGCCAUGGCGGGGCAAGACCCCGAGGCGCAAGCAAUCGAGGAGGAAGAGGACGAAUACUACGAUGAUAUCUUCGAAGAAGCGUUGGACGAGGAAGACUUCACCUCAUCGAAUACUGCGGAUCUCACCAAAGCUUACAACCGUCAACGAAAAGUGAACGAGCUAGCUGCGGACCCCAAUGCGCCCAAAUGGACCUACCCGAAGACGAACACCCAGAAACCUACCGUCAACACAUAUGCCUCCGUCGAUGAUCAGGUGAAAUCCUUGACUCGGCAUGCGGCUAAGAUCAAGCUCGACGAUAUGCAGUCUGGGUUGGCGGUUCGCGGUGAGCGUGGUGGCGACAGGGCCGACCGAGCAACAUCCGAGCAAGUGCUUGAUCCUCGUACACGAAUGAUUCUGUUGCAGAUGAUCAAUCGGAAUAUCGUUGCGGAGAUUCACGGCUGUUUGUCGACGGGUAAAGAAGCCAAUGUUUACCACGCCAUUUGGUUUCCCGACGAGGAGGAGACUCAACAUCACCGUGCCAUUAAAGUCUACAAGACUAGUAUUCUGGUGUUCAAGGACAGAGACAAGUACGUUACCGGUGAAUUCCGAUUCAGACAAGGAUACAACAAAAGCAACAACCGAGCAAUGGUUAAGUUGUGGGCGGAGAAGGAGAUGCGGAACCUUCGAAGAAUCUACGCUGCCGGCAUCCCCUGCCCGGAACCAAUUCACCUGCGGCUGCACGUCCUCGUCAUGGGGUUUGUCGGUAAUUCCAAAGGUUUACCAGCUCCUCGUCUGAAGGAUGUCGAGUUCGACACCCCAGAGCCGGAGACCAGAUGGCGUGAGCUGUACAUCGAGCUCCUCGGAUAUAUGCGUGUGAUGUACCAGACAUGUCACUUGGUGCACGCUGAUUUGAGCGAGUACAACAUACUUUACCACAAGAACAAGCUGUACAUUAUCGAUGUCAGUCAGAGCGUGGAGCAUGAUCACCCGCGCAGCUUGGAGUUCCUGCGUAUGGAUAUCAAGAACGUGAGCGACUUCUUCCGCCGAAAGGGCGUGGAGACGCUCUCCGAACGUACCGUUUUUGAGUUCAUCGUUACCGCAGAGGGAGCUGCCACCAUUGAAGCGAGCGAGGAGAUGCAUGACGCUAUUGAAAAGCUCUACACACUGAAGCCGGAUCAAGCCGAAACCGAGCAAGAUACCGCCGUUUUCCGUCAGCAAUUCAUCCCUCAGACAUUAGAGCAGGUGUACGACUUCGAGCGUGACGCCGAAAAGGUUCGGGCGGGUGAAGGCUCGGACCUUGUCUACCGUGACCUCCUUGCAAGUGGCAAAUCAGCCUCGAAGAACAUCCCGGACGGGGAAGAUGAUCAAGAAUCAGAUGCCAGCGGCGGUGUUUCAGUCGCAGACUCUGCAUCUGACUCGGAAGAAGGGCCCGACGGAGACGAUCCGUUUGCGAAGAAACAACCGCGUGGUAAGCGGUUCGAAGACAAGGACUCUAAACGUGAGCAUAAGCAAAAGGUCAAGGAGGAAAGGCGUCAGCAACGCGCAAACAAGAUGCCGAAGCAUCUCAAAAAACGGCUCGUCUCUACUUCGUCCAGGAAGAAGAAAUGA